CAAAUGUUUUAUUUACAGCAUCUGACAUAGAUUGAAUGUGUUGAGUUCACACACCCAAAACAUGUUGCCAAAGUUUUUGCUACGACUUUUUUGUUCGCAUUUAUUACGCAAUAAAAUUGAGUUAACCAAACUCACAGAUAUACACACAAACAUGCACACAGCAUGCCAGUAGUCACAAUUUAUAUUAAUCGAAAUGAACAGUAUCGACCAUUUCAACUAACCUACGCUAAUUGCAUUGUAUGUCUAUCUCUUUUUCGUUACGAACGGUUCUGCGACACACCGACUCCCAAUACAUUUGUACGGCGUGCGACUUACGUUGAGUUUUUAUAAAUUUAGUGGAAUUGAUGCAGAGAAUUUCAGUUUUAAAUUGAAUACCGCACACAGUUGUUCGUCGCUGUUCGUCGAAGCAAUACAUUUCACUUGAAAAUCUGUUAAUAAAUUUAAACAAGCAAAAAUGCCAAUCGAAUUAAACACACCCGAUGCUCUUGAAUACCAUUUCUACCAAUUCCGUAAUGGUAUGUGCCAGUUCAGAGUUCGUGCACCGAACGAUGCUCACUUGGCUUUAACCGGUGAACCAAAUGAAACACAUCCAAUCGCUGAAGUGUUCAUUGGAGGAUGGCAAAAUUCCAAGUCGGUCAUUCGUUACAACCAAACCAAGCCGGAAGUUGCUGAGGCGAAUACGCCACAAAUUUUAAGUCCAAACGAAUUCCGUGGAUUUUGGAUUCGUGUCAUCGAUAACGUCAUAACUGUCGGACGUGAAGGUGAAGCUGCUCCAUUUCUUUCUUGGCACAACCCACAACCAUUCCUCGUGAAUUACGUUGGCGUCUGCACUGGUUGGGGAGCAUCUGGAUCAUGGAUUAUUGAUGAUCCACAACCAGACUAUGGAUGGCAGGGAUCGCAGGGAACACAAGGUAUAAGUUCACAAUUGCGCAGCGACUUUGCAGGCCAAGGUGGUGGAUCACCAUGCUGGGUACCAGCAUCAAAUGGAGAGGUACCCCCAGACGCCGUUGAAGGUGGAACUGAUGGUGAACCACAAUUCGUAGCUCGUGCUCGUCACGAAGGUGAUUUGAUCCCAGGAAAAUUAGUUCCAUCUCACAAUGUGACUUACGUCUCUUUUGGUGGUGGUGAACAUCCACACAGCGACUAUGAAGUUUUAGUUGGCUGUCGUCCACACUGGAUCCAAGUCGAAGGAGAUAAAAUUCCACCAAAUGCCGUUCCAGCUGGAGAAACUGCUCAAGGUGAACCAUUGUUCAUUGGUCGUGUGCAUCACGAAGGAGCCGUUACAAUCGGAAAAGUUCAACCGAGUCAUGGCGCGUGCUACAUUCCUUACGGUGGACAGGAAUUGGCUUUCCAAGCCUAUGAAAUUUUAACCUGCUAAAUGUGGACUUGUGCAAUCUAAAGAAAAAAAAUAAUAUUUUGGGCUUCUUAAACUAUCUCCAUUUACAUGCAAUUAAAGUAAACACUUAUCUAUUGCUUAAGUUGAAUUUAUUUAAAUAAUAAUCAUUAAAUUGUCUAUUCACUUUGAUUUGUUCAUUGAAAAUCUCUAUAUAUGUAUAAAUAUAUAAAAAGAGAA